GUGCCGGCAUGAUGGUCACAGCAAGAAACCCCUGGGGCUGGCUUCUGGGGUACCUCGUCCUUGGGGUCCCAGCGGCCGCCGAGGGCGCGGCUAAACGGGAGCUGGGCUUCCGGGAGUGGGCCUUUGCUGAAGACCUGUACCCGCUUUCCGGGGCUCCACCCUGGGACCCCCGGGAACCCUGUGUGUGCGCGUCCCGCGACGCCAACCUGAAGCCCUGGCCACGCCCUAUGACCACGCCCACCGCAACCUGCAUCGUGAACCUAUCCCUAGCCGUGGCCACGCCCCUGGCUCCCCAGUCCUGCCCCCAAAGCCUUGCCACGCCCCUGAAUCCCACACCCCGGGCCGUGCGCAGGGAGCCAGCGGAGGCGCAGCCCUCAGUCGCACCCCACCCCCCGGCCCCCAGCUCCUACAGUGUGGGCCUGGGGCUACACAACCUCGACGCCAGCCAGGAGCCGGGCAGCCGCGUCCUGGAGCCCCUCCUGUCCAUCCGACACCCCGAGUACGACCACCCAUCCUUCGCCAACGACCUCAUGCUCAUCAAGCUGAAAGAGGCGGUGCCCGAGUCCAGCACCAUCCGAAGCAUCAGCGUGGCCUCCCGGUGCCCAGUGGAGGGGGACGCGUGCCUGGUCUCCGGCUGGGGCCGCCUGUGCCCAGGCGGACUGCCCAGCCGGCUGCAGUGCGUGAACAUCUCGGUGGCGCCCCAGGAGGUCUGCAGCGAGGUCUACGACUCCGUGUACCACUACAGCAUGUUCUGCGCCGGCGGAGGGCCCAACCGCAGGGACUCCUGCCACGGUGACUCUGGGGGGCCCUUGGUCUGCAAUAGGUCCCUGCAGGGCCUCGUGUCCUUGGGGCACAUCCCGUGUGGCCAGCCUGGCUCACCGAGCGUCUACACCAACCUCUGCAAAUUCACUGACUGGAUACAGCAAACCAUCUCCACCAGUUAGCCAUGCAGACCGGGAACCGGGGAGCUGGCGGUGAAGCUGAUGCAUCCAGCCAGGGAAUUCAGAACUCCAGGCUCCCAGCUCCUCGGCCCUCGCUGGAGUCAGACCCUCACAUCAUUUCUCAUAAUAUUCACUCAGCCUUUAAGGGUUUUUACCCUUU